AUGUCUGCCGCGGUGACAUGGCUGCAGAAUAGUCUCGGCAUCGACGUGACAGGUGAGUGGGCUCGCCAUGUUCAUCUGAACGUCGGUGGCACCCUUUACACGACACGCCGGUACACGCUACGCGAACUCAAAGACCAUCGCAUUUUUGGCCCCAUCCUGGACGGCCACGCGCAUCGCUGCGAAGAUGGCAGUUUCCUGAUCGAUCGCGACGGCUCCUUGUUCCGCUACAUCAUUGCCUACCUCCGCGAUGGCCGCCUCUCCGUCCCGGACAACUUCGUGGAGUGGGAUAUGUUGCUUCAGGAGGUGCGCUACUAUGAGCUGCCGGCGAUGGAGAAGAGUGUCUUGGACAGCUUUGAGUUCCAGCAGAGCGUCUUCCGUCGCCAGCUGCCGCACGGGGUGUACGUGUGGUGGCCGCCGGCUUCACUGCAGAUUGACGAAGGGGCAACGAUCAAGGCAGCUUUGUGUGAUCGUCUUGCAUCCGCACCUCCUCCACCUCCUUUGUUUUUCUCUUUGCCGGUCACAGAUAGCGCGACAGGGAGGGGCGAAGCACGCGGUGCCACUGAGGAUCAGACUCGAACACUGGAGAAGGGGCAUGUCGCGGCGGCCGCUGAUGCUGCAACUCGGAGUAGUGCUGCUGCUGCGCCGCCUUCGUGUUCAUCAGGUUCCCUGCCUGUCCGCAUUGUGCCGCCGCUGCCUGGGCUGACGGUGGACGCGGCGUCUGGGCGGCGGGUGGUGUUCCGUGAGACGCAGGUGCUCCAGGACCUCGACCAGCUUGUGACGGUGCUGCUCACGGCCUAUGGCUUUUCGAUCCAGCACUGGGACACUGAACGAGGACGCGUGCUUCUCACGCUGCCUGGGUUCAUGUAA